CCGGGUAGUUGGGUCAGCUGACCAAAACAAGGAAGCGCUGUCCUUGUUGCGAAGUUGUCAGCCAGGUGUGUUCGGUAGAGGAAAGCUGCUGGAAACGUUGUUUUAUGGAUUUAUGAACCGGUUUCCGGUAGUUUUAACGUUUCGACGGGACGGGGAAGUGUAAAGCUGGUUGCUUUUAAUCUCCGCUGGCCCAGCGCGGCUGCUGCUGCUGCUGAUGAUGAUGGAGAAGGUGUUUCGCUGUCCGGGUCGCCAUGGCUACGCCGUGCAAGUGUCUCCGUUCAUCCCCAACAGAGUGGCCUGCGCCACCUCGCAGUUCUACGGCAUAGCCGGUUAUGUGCGUGUGAAGGUGUAUUCUGUAGACUGGAGUCAAACCAGAGGAGAGAACCUCAUCGUCUCUGGAUCGUGGGAUCAAACUGCUAAAGUGUGGGACCCCGCUCUCAGCCAAUCACUGACCACGCUCAGGGGACACGAAGGGGUCAUCUACAGCACCGUUUGGUCACCUCACAUCCCAGGAUGCUUUGCGUCAGCGUCAGGUGACGGGACGCUCCGAGUUUGGGAUGUGAAGAGCGCUGCGUGUCGAUUGGCCAUCCCAGCGCACAAGGCUGAGAUCCUUAGCUGUGAUUGGUGCAAAUAUGACCAGGUACCCCCCCUUAUACUGCAACUUUGGCUUCAAUGUUUUUCUCCGUUCAGUAAGACGAUGUUGGCGUCCUGCUCGUAUGACUUUACUGUCAGGUUCUGGGACUACAGUAGGAACCAGCCUCUCCUGGACACAGUGGAACAUCACUCAGAGUUUGUCUGUGGACUAGACUUCAACCUGCACAUCCCCAACCAGGUGGUGGACUGUUCCUGGGACGAGACUGUGAAGAUCUACACGCCUGCCUGUCUGCUGUCUGCUGGACCUCACAGCACAGCCCCGUAGAACAAAUAUUACUACACUUCUGAGGACUCCUCUGUGGGAGUUACAAAACACAAAGGAAAGAAACAUAGUUUAAACUGAUAUCAACCACAUGUGCAAACUAGGCCACCAGGAAGUGCUCUCGUCUUCGAAGCCAAUUGAACAUAUCGGCCAAAACAGGGGAAUUACAACUUCUGUGUCGGUCACAUGACGCCCUCUGGCCCAACACUACGUUCUCCCAUAGACAUACUGGACAUGGCAAAAGAGACAUCUGUAAAUCAGUGGACACGUUUUUUAAGCGUCACAACCACGGACCAUAAACAUCUAACAACGAUGAGUCUUCACUUCCUGCAAGUGAAGACAAAAUCUCCCGGAUACUUAUAAUUAAUUUAGGACCAGAGUCAGCGCAGUAGUUAUCGGGCGUUGGAGCCGGGGUGUUGAAGUCCCGCCCACCCUGCCAGUCUGCCGUCAAUCCCAGCUGGGACGAUUCAGCCUGUUUGUAUAGCAUAAAAUAACUAAUAAAAACCAAACUGCGCAGAAAAAUGAACACUUUGUGUUUUUAGAAUUACCUUUUUUUUAAAUCAGGACCUGUAGCUCGCCAUCUGGAAGUCCCCACAAAGCCUCAUAAAUAUGCACAUACACACACACACACACACACACACACACACACACAUUAUCAACAGCAGGCUUUGGAAAAAAUCCAUAGAGAUUCCCAAUCAGUUUCUGAUUAACAAGUUGUGUUAACGAAUUAUGUAACAGGAUGCUUUACAGUUGGUGUGAUCCAUAAUAUAUCCAUGUCAAUAUCGGCUUCCUCUUUAUCUCCCUCCCUUCCUCACUAAAAAGAAAUGUCAACUGUGACUAAUUUCAGUAUUGAAAUGUCCUCAGUGUAAUUAUGGUGUGUUCAGUGCCUUCAAUAAAGAAGUGAAUAUCGCAUGAAAAGCU